GCCGUUAAGCAGUUUACUGCAUCUGCUCCUGCGUUUGGCUGAGGAAGCCAUUGGCGGUUAGUACUUUAGUAACAGGUGGCCAAUAAAAUGUAGACGCCCAACAGAGGCCUCUGCACUGUCGUAGCGAACUAAAAGUUGAGCGGUAACAGUAUUUACAAACUUUACUCCGUACUUGACGCUAACUAGCGCGACAAGCUAACACUGACGUUAACUUGGGUCAACUUUUUCCAAAGCAGAUAUCAUGGAGGAACACUUUAGUUCAAACAAGAUGUCUGCAUGAUUAUUCUUCUAAUUAAAGACGCGUUUGGGUCAACUUUCAGGCGGACUUUGACUGCUUGAAGGCUCAGUUCGAGCUGUUUUUCCACUGGCGGCGAAGGGAACAAGCGCUUUUCUCAACGCCCAGGCAUCUAGGAAGCUGAGAGACAGGACGGACAUAAACCAUGUUUUCUGUCAAACCCAUAAAACCAACUUUCAAGUGUUAUCUUCCGCCUUUGCAGGGUGAAGUGACGAAAACCAUCGACCCACCGAUAAAAAAGUUGGAGCCCAAACUACUUCCAGGGGAGAUAGUUGUAAAUGAGGCCAACUUUGUGAGGAAAUGCAUUAGUCCUGAAAGCAGCCAAGAUGACCUUUGGGGGAAGUUGAUAUGUACCAACUUUAAGGUCUCCUUCAUCCCUCAAGAUUCUCCAACUAAACAGAAGUUCCAGCUAUCCCACUUGCUGCUCGGAGACCAUGAUGUCCCUUUGACAUGUUUAGAACACGUAGUAACCGUGAAUGAUACGAAGGGGAAGAAAAAGGUGUUGGGGUCAAACCAGAAGCUCAAGUUUAACCCCACUGAGCUCAUCCUUUACUGCAAAGACUUGCGGAUUAUAAGGUUCUGCUUUGAUGAGGCUGGGCCCGAGAGUGCUAAAAAGGUUUGUCUGGCCAUUGCUCACUACUCCCAUCCAGCUGAUCUCCACCUGCUGUUUGGAUUUGAGUAUCAGGGGCGGCGUUACCAUGAAUCUGAAAGACUCAAUGGGUCUGUCCCACGAGGUGGAUUACAGACAGCCAUUUUUGAUCGGCCGUCUGACUGGGAUAGAGAGAUCAAGAGAACGGGCGCCUCUGAGUGGAGAGUGUGCUCUAUCAACGAGUUUUAUUGCGUUUCCUCAAGCCUUCCAGAGUUCAUUGUUGUUCCAGUUUCUCUAGCAGACCAGGAUUUGAAGCAGUACUCUAUUUACUUUACUGACAACCGCCUUCCACUUUGGUGCUGGAAUCACCCCAAUGGAAGUGCUCUUCUGCGCACGGCCAGUGUGUGUGACCCAGUCCAGCAAAGGAAGAUUGAGCAGAGGAUCAUCACUGCCAUCACAAAAAGCAACUUACAGUGCAGCGAAGUCUUCAGUUCAGAUCUGGACAAGUGUCUGCCAAACAUCCAGGAAAUCCAAAGUUCAUUCAUUAAAAUCCGACAGAUCUGCGUCAUAGAUCCUUUUGAGGAGUCUGAGGAAAGGUGGCUUUCAGCCAUUGAAAACUCUCGUUGGCUUGAGUAUGUCAGAGCCUUCCUGAAGCAUGCAGCUGAGAUGGUUUACCAUUUAGAAGGGAGGAAUGUUUCAGUCGUUCUCCAAGAGGAAGAGGACAGAGACCUGAACUGUGUGGUGUCCUCCUUGGUGCAGCUCAUGUUGGACCCUCACUAUCGGAGCUUUUUUGGAUUUCAGAGUUUGGUGCAGAAGGAGUGGGUGAUGGCCGGCCAUCGCUUCCUUGAUAGAUGCAACCACUUAAAAAAGAAUGACAAAGAGGAGUCCCCUGUGUUCAUGCUGUUCUUGGACUGUGUGUGGCAAAUGAUGAACCAGUAUCCAGCUGCAUUUGAGUUCACAGAAACCUACCUGACCGUGCUUAGUGAUAGCAUGUGGAUCCCACUCUUCAGCACUUUCCUCUUCAGCUCUUCUAAACAGCGUGCGCAAUGCUUGAUGGACUUUGCUAGGAACAAAGCAAUCCCGCAAGGGGAGGACCCAGUCGUGUACUUCCCCCCUGUUUGGAACUGGUCACAGCAAUUCUCCUUGAAAGACCAAACUCUCUUCAAUAACCCCAUGUAUGUUGGCAAAGGAGCUUCCUGUGUUCUCAAUGGGGAAGUGAAAUGCUUUAGGCGCACAAAGAAAUAUGGUUCCAUCUUGCGAGGAGCUUCUGUAUCCCUGCGUAACGGACUGAGAGGCGCCGCCGAUGGUUUUACCCGACGAGGCUCUUUGGGGUCAGAGCUAAAGCCCGAGUUCUCAGUGAUGAAAGAAGUGGUAGAGAGCCCGUCCGAGCGUUUCAUUAGGGACUGGUUCUCUCGUCCUGCCGACCAACAGGGUCUUUUGAUUCCGCUGCUCACGCCCUCUCACGUGACCCUCUGGAAGCUCUACUUUCUCCGCUGGGUGCCAGAAGCCUGCAUUCCUAUGGGAGGAUCCAUCACUGCGUACCACAAGCUCUCCCAGCUGGUGGAUGAAAUAGAGAUGUUACGGGACCACCUCAGGCAGUACAAGGCACCUACUCCAGGUGGCACACCUAACCCGAGUCCAAGAGGGCCCCCUGCUGCCCAAAGGCGGAUGUACUUUAAGGCAGCUUCCCCAACGGAUUCCCCUCCAGAAUUCCUUUCCUCCACCUUCCCUUUCACCCCUGUCGGAAACCUGUGCCGCCGCAGUAUCCACGGGACCCCUAUCAGCAAAUUUCUGAAUGGGGCGAGGAUCUGGCUGUCCACAGAGACGCUUGCUAAUGACUCAUUCUAAAAAUCUAUGCUUAUUUAAAUUCCUGUUACCACUUUCUUAAAUAUGCAGAUGACUAAUAGAGAAAUAAUUUCUUAAAUCUUUAUUCUUUGUAUGCAACAAUUUGUAUUAUUGAUGCAGCAUCAAAAUCUGAGGCUCUUUGUUUUUAACUGGAAAAGCAUCAACAGUUUCCUCCACCAUACAAGUUUAACAAUUUAGAAUGGAGAGGUACAGUACAUCUUCCCCAUGGCUACUGUGCCCUCGUGCUGUGAAAACAUUGAUUUUUGUUUAUUUUCACACUUAAAUCUCCCUUCAAUUUUUCUUUAGCCAACAGCUCUUUUGUAAUGUUUUAUGAUCAUCAAAUGCUGCAUAUAGGGAAUUUAUGAUUGGAUUAUGUGCUCAUUAAUAUGUGGGAUUGAUGUAGCAACAAUGAUUAUUUUUUCUACACUGAUUUCAAAGUCUCCCUUCCAUGAAAUGUAUUGAAGAUCUUCUACUUUGGCCUUUAUUACUCAAUUCUCAAAGGAACACAACUCAACAUAACACUACUAACCUGCGCCAAGAGGUGCAAGCAAGAUGGAACUUUGUCAGUUGAAUGUAAUGGUUAAUGUCUGUGUGAGAGUGUGUAAACUUCAAGCUACUUGCAAGUUCUAUUGCUUGUGUAAGGCUAUUUCUGUGUUUUAGCACAUAGUGUGAAUUCAGGGUGACAUUUUUAGCUCUUUAUAGCAAACAUAAAAAAACAUUCACACUUAAAGGGGAAAAUGUAAUUUGUUAUGACUUCAAUCUGAGGUUAAUAUUGUCUUUCAUUUGAGAGCCCCUUAGAGGCCUUAAGCUAUUAACCAGUCUUUUUUCUAACUGCUGAACCAAAGAGUGGUUUGUGAAAUAGUAAAUUGAUUUAUCAGUGUGAUGCUCUAAAAAGGUGUUGAUAAGCUUGUAGUAUCUAAUAUCAGAAUGACCCAUAAAUGUAAUAUUGUUUGGCAAUUAUGUGCUGGAGUGAGUGGCAUCUGCCCUGCAAGAAUGCUAUUAAUUGCACAUUUUACUCUAUUUUGUUUAAAGAUGGUUGAUUAUUAUUAUUUUUAUUUUUUUUAAUACAUAUUGUAUAUGCUUAAAUGUUUCAGUUAAUAUUUUGAGCAAUGGUACUAGACAUAACUAAUACUAAUUUAUAUGAUGUAUUUUUUCACCCUUUUCAUUGAUUUGACUAUCCUCUGCUGUAUUGCAUGACAACUGUGUCUCCACUGUGACUCAGUUCGAUAUUGAAUAGCAGUACUUUUUAUUUAUUCACAUUAUGCAAAUUAUCUCUAAGUGUAGUGCAAUGGCUUUUCUUAGUCUUUAGUGCCUUAGGAGGAUUUCAGAAUCAUACUCUGUAUCUGGUGAUUUGAAUCAAGUCUUAAACUGUUAACAGGUACCGCACUGAGAAGGUUUUUCUGGUAGUGAAGGGGGCUCAAACAUGUACCAAUGACUAAUUAAUACAUUGUUUUUCAGCUGA